UCCAGAGCGCUGUGCAACAACGACAAGCUCAAAGUUGCAUUAGGGCAAAAAUUUGAAAAAACAACAGAAAGUUCGAAGAUCUUCACACAAUUGAACGACAAAUCGAUACUCAGAUAUGAAUUAUAAGCAUGUUUGGACGGCAACGCGACAAAGGAUGGUUGAGACAAACUACUUUAAAUAAAUGUUUUGCUGUAAAGAGUUGGUGAAGAGUUGCUCAAAAAUUCGUUCAACAUGAAGCUGCCCUCAAUAAUGAAGUUGAGCUCUGCUGUUAUCAAGUGUUUUAAGAUUGUUGCACUAGUGCUGGGUACUGCCUUUAUUGGUAUUUUUAUGACACAAUACACAAAAGAACUGAGCAAAGACAAUCCUCAACCAGAUCCUUACGACACUGGCGAACUCGGACGAUACGAAUUCUAUCUGUGCACUGCUGUUUUUGGUUUAUUAAUGGAGUUUUCAGACUUAAUGUUUUCAGCACGGGAUUUGAAGAAAAAAUAUGGCGCGGUGAGCAUGGCCAUCGUGCAGAUAUUGUUGGCUUUCCAGUUGAUGAUUUCAACAGGUCUGCUUGCUGAAACCUUGACCGCAUACCAGAAAGAAAUCUCUUCAGGCAAAUCGCACUGUGAACACUGGAACGAAUUGUCUAACAGGAGGGGCGAAUAUACUUGUACCCAAUUAAAUAUUGGAGUGGUAUGUGGCUUCAUUGCAAUGGCUAUGUUUGCUGUGGACAGCAUUUUCUCAAUGAGGUUUUUUUUCAAGCCAGACGCUUGAUUUAAACCUACUCGCUAUACUUGCUAUAUUCUUAUGAUUAGUAGAAAAUCAAGUAAUAUUAUAAACAACCAGUGAAACUCAUAUGUAGCCUUCCCAUACGAAUUGAUAUAGUUUUCGUUGUCAUUUGUCAAAAUCGCAGGUCAAAUCAGGUGCAUUUUAGAGUUGAAGCCUUGAGGGAGUCCUUCUACGUUGAAAAAUAUUUAUUUAGGCCAAAGAGAGUCGAAGGCCCGAGCAAAGGAAGGCCUUCUUUCAUCUACUUCAGACUUUGCUCCUCAGUAUUUCGCAGACCAAUCUCAGUACGGGCGUACGAAUAAAAUUAUAUCAAAAUGAAACAGCUUUUAUUAAAGUCAGAAAAGCAGUGAAGGAUGGAUUUUGAAGAGCAGUAGUUGGAAUUCACGCAAAAAUUUAUGCAGAUAUAGCUUUUCAAAAUCGGUACCGUAGAAUCAACAUUGUUUGCAGAGCUGCUAUCAUGGUAUAACCACAUUGUGCCAAGCAUGCACAUAAACUUAAUGAGUAAAAAUAUUUUCCAUAAUAGAGCAUGGUUAAUGACCAUGACAUUUUACCACAAAUAUUGUUACGAAGUUCUGGUUAAAAUCAUUCUAAGACUGGCUUUAUAUUAUUGUAGACUCGGAUGCCUUCUUGCAUAUUUAUGUUUGUAUAUCUAUAGCGCG